AUGGUGAAGGAAGAGAUUGCUAAUGAGUUGUUCAAGGACGCGGUGGACCCGUGGGAGGAGCGGAUGAAGCUGUGGCGGGAGCUGAAGGACGUGUUCGACGACCUGACGAACUUCAUGGACGUCGGGUGGAACCUGGCCAACUCCCUGCUGAGGUCGCAGGGGUGGCGCGAGGUCAAGCGUCUGCACGAGACGGUGAAGCAGCUGCCCAAGUUGCGGGAGCUGCUCGAGGCGCUGGGGCGGAUGGUGGAGGGGCGCGCGGGCGGGAAGGGCCAGAUCGUGACGGUGUACGAGGAGGUGCAGCGCAAGGUCGAGACGCGCGUCGAGAAGCUGGUGCCGGACGUGCCGGAGGAGAUCUGCGGCAUCACGCAGGGCGACGACAUCUCGCGCAUGUUGCCGUCGGAGGCGAUGCUGCUGGCGACGGACGUGCCGGUGCUGCAGACGCUGUGGCACGUGAAGCGGCUGGAGCGCAGCAUGCUGCAGUACCACAUGCAGGGCGUGGACCUGGACACCGUCAUGACGGACCAGAAGCAGAUGGAGGGCAAGGAGGAGGAGAAGCCGGCCGGGAUGGGCCCGAUCAUCGCGUGCCUGGACACGUCGGGGUCGAUGAGCGGCUUCCCGGAGCAGGUGGCGAAGGCGCUGGUGCUGGAGGGCAUCAAGACGGCGUCGCGGGAGAGCCGGAAGUUUUAUUUGAUCAACUUCAGCGGGCCGGAGAACACGCAGGCGCUGGAGAUGUCGGCGGGGCCCGAGGGCAUCCAGAACCUGAUCGGGCUGCUGCUGGGGUCGUUUCACGGCGGCACGGACGUGCACGCGCCGCUGGUGGAGGCGAUCAAGCAGCUGCGGGCGGAGGGGGGGAGUGGGACCGAGGCGCGGGAGGAGCACGGGGUGCGGUUCCACGGCGUGCUGAUCGGCAACUACGACUCCCCCGCAAUGACGGCGCUGUGCGACGAGGGGUGCUUGCACAAGUUUAGCAGCUGGAACAGCCUCGGGGGCGUGUGA